UAUUCCUGCUUGAGAUUCGGGCGAAGGUGCAGCGAUGUAUUGAUACGCGGAACAAGCUCAUAGAAACGCGAAGAAAGCACCGGGAAGAGCAGGAACUAUUGCAACGCAUGCAACUAGAGCAGAAACUCAAACUCAUGCAACAACAGGAGCAGUACCAGCAGUUCCAGCAGAGCCAGUACCAGAUGCAG